UAUUAUAAUUAUACCCUAGAUAUUUAAACUGUAGGACUUGUUUGAUCUUUUUGACUUUGCUUAUGAGAUUACGAGAAGGACUUGCUGCUAUUUUGGAUAUGACGAUGCAUUCUGUUUUCUUUACAUUCAACAAACGUCCUUACGCUCACUUUCUAUUACAACAGUAUUUAGAAGCGAUUGAAGGUCCUUUUCCGAGCCUCCUAUCCCAAAGUGGGAGAUAAGUAUCCUUCAGUCAGUCACUUCCUGAACCUAAACAGAGGUACGCAGGAGGAAAACAAAUCAGUGGCGUGUAACCUUCUCAGAGAGUGUUUAUUUCAACGCCGGUUUUUCUGCCCAGAUCUCUGACAUGGGAUUUAUAACGGUCUGUCGGGUGUUUAGAGAGACCACUACCCCAUCAUGGCGUCGUCUGCGAACAACCAGGAAGAGCUGGGACCCGUCGCGAAAUUCUUUGGCCGUUCGGAGCCGUUCUACGACACGGCUGGCAUGAAGGAUGAGUCUGGGAACCCCAUCACUCUGACCCUGGUGGACGGGAAGCUGUACACGCCAGUAGGAGAGGGCUGUGUGCGGGGGGCCAGGUCUACGAGGCUCAGGCCUGACGAUGUCCUACUCUGUGGCUUUUGCAAAACUGGUUGCCACUGGACAUGGGAGACAAUGAACAUGAUACUGCGCGAGAAGGCUGAGUAUUCUGCCAUGGGGAAAGGCCAGGGUUUCCUGGAGAUGGUCCCUCUCAGCAUGAUUGAGACGUUGGCUUCUCCCAGGGUGCUCAACACACAUCUGGACUUUGACCGUUUGCCUGAAGAUAUCCUGAAGUACAAGACAAAGCUGGUCAUCACCACGAGGAACCCCAAGGACGUGGCUGUGUCCUUCUACCAUCACCACAGAGACCUCUAUGAGAUGUACGGCUACGAGGGAACCUUCUCCGAGUGGAUGUCGCUUUAUCUGGGCGGAAAAGGACCCCGUUGGCACAGUGAAGCGACUGGCGUCUUUCCUGUCUGUCAAUCUCGAUGACGAAACGAUUAACGCCAUCGCCGCAGCCACUAGUUUUCACCCAAUGAAAAGUGACUUAAAGAGUAAAGGAAUGGCCACACACGCUCUGUUGAGAAAAGGCGAAGUGUGUCAGUGGAAAGACUACCUGACCGUGGCACAGAGUGAAGCCAUAGACAAGCUGGUGGAGACACAACUGGCGGGGACAAUCUUCGCCGAGCCCAGAUACCAGAUCUAGGUCAACAAAGUCACAGGGUACCAAAUCUAGAUCAUCACAUUCGAAGGAUACCAAAUCUAGAUCAUCAAAGUCGAAGGAUACCAAAUCUAGAUCAUCACAUUCGAAGGAUACCAAAUCUAGAUCAUCAAAGUCGAAGGAUACCAAAUAUAGAUCAUCAAAGUCGAAGGAUACCAAAUCUAGAUCAUCAAAGUCAGAGGAUAGAGUUAAUUGUUGUUGUUGUUGGUUGUUACAAUCUUCGCAGAGCUGCGAUACGAAAACAUGCUGAGAGGACAGAAAACAUUUUUCACAACCUCGACGAUAUUUUGUAGUUUUGUAGUUGCAGUAGUUGGAGCAAAGAUAUAAGAGAAUCUUUGGUUGUAGUGGUAGUAGCAGCAGCAGCAGCAGCAAAGGCAGUAGUAGAGGUAGUGAUGAUAGUUGUUAUUCUUGUUGUCGUUGCUGUUGUUGUUACAAUCUUCGCGAGGCCGCGACAUCAAAUCUAGAUCAACAAAGCCAAAGGACAGAAUUAAUAUCUCCUCAACUAUGGAACAUAGACUUUCCAGCUUUCGCACAAUGACUUGUAUCAUCAUCAUCAUCAUCAUCAUCAUCAUCAUCAUCAUCAUCAUCAUCAUCAUCAUCAUC